AUGGAUAUGGUGCAAGGCGGUGGCAGGCAGUACAAGCGGCAGGAGACCAGCGAGAGGCGGCUGCAGUGGGCUUGCCGACCCGUGGAGCGAGAGAGCUGGGCAUCUUCGAGCAAAGGAGGCUUGCUGUAUAACUUCAUGUCGCACAACCCCCGUGGACGAGGCCUCCGCCCCGGAACCGUGACAUUCCCGGGUCUGCCUUCGGCCGUGCCAGAAGCUGGCCGAGGACAACGCGCCACGGCGUCGGGCGGGGAGGGCCGCCGGGACAGACGCAGUGCGCAGGCGGCGCAGGGCGCGGCCCCGAGCCCAAGAGUGCAGGGCGGGCCGCAGCUGGAAGGAAAACUUCAGUUGGGAGCUGAGGCCGAGCUGGAGAGCGGCUUCCCGGGGCGCUGCGAAGCGGAGAGCGACUUCCCCGAACCCAGCAAGGCGGAGAUCGCCGCCGAGGUGAAGGAGCCGGGACCAGCGGGGGCGCCCGGGCGCUGCGCGCAAGCUGGGCAGGGGGCGCCGCCGGGGCUCGCGCCCUGGGCUGCUCGGCAGCCGCUGCCCCGGGCGCCCAGCAGGUCGGUGCACUACACCUUGAAUCUGCGCGUCUUUUGGCCCCUGGUGACCGGCCUGUGCACCGCCCUCGUGUGCCUCUAUCAUGUCCUGCGCGGAAGUGGGAGCGCCCGGGCUGAGCCCCCAGACGGCCCAGACUGCGGCUUCCCACUACUCAAGGCAGCCAUCCUGCUGCUCCUCGGCUACGUCCUCCUGCGCUGCCGCCACGCUGUCCGUCAGCGCCUCCUGCCCGGGGCCCCGCGCCUGGGGAGCCGCCCCGCCUCGUCCCCGAGGCCCAUCGGAGAGCCGGGCCUGGAGAUCUUGCUGGAGAGUUACUACGAGCACGAAGUGCGCCUAUCGCCGCACGUGCUGGGCCACAGCAAGGCGCACGUUAGCCGGAUCGUGGGCGAACUGGUGAGGGCUGGCCGUGCCAGGACGUGUCCAGGCCCCAUCCCUGGGGGGGCCCUGGCCUUGGCCUUCCGCGGAGACUUCAUCCAAGUGGGCAGCGCCUACGAGCAGCAUAAAAUCCGCCGGCCGGACGGCUUCGACGUGCUGGUGCCGCUGCGCCUUCCGCCGUUGGUGGCGCUGGAGCCACAGAGCCUAGGCUCGGAGCCUGCGCUGGCCCCGGCUUUCCGCAGCUGCUUCUUGUGCGCCCUGAAGGCGCCGCCCUCGCCAUCAGGGGCCCCCUCUGGUCACUGGCUCCGGGACUGCAAACCUUUCACGGACAGCUUCUGCGUGGACGUGCGCGGGCGGCGUCACCUCUCCGCCACGCUGGUGCUGCGUUGGUUUCAGUCGCACCUGCAGCGCUCUCUGGCCACUGUGCGCUACAGUCUGGAGGGGCGCUGUCGGGUCAGCCUGACCCCGGGCGGUCUAGAGCAGCCGCCCACCCUGCACAUCCUGCCCUGCCGCACUGACUACGGCUGCUGCCGCCUUUCCAUGGCGGUGCGUCUCAUCCCCGCCGUCCAUGUGGGAGACAGCGUGUUCCUCGUGGCGCCACCGCCUUCACCCUCGCCUGCUGGGCUCUUGUCGGAGCUUCCGGGAGGCCUGCGCGCAGAGGCACUUUGGGGCGUGAACACAGCGCGCCAGGAGCAGAAGCUGCUGACCUGGCUGCAGGAAUGGGCCCCCCCAGGUGCCUGCUACCUCAAGAGCCUGCAGUUGCUUAAGGCCAUUCGAGACCUGGGCGCCCGCGGGCUGGACCCGACGGCUGCCACGCAGUGGGAGCGUCUCUUGUCCUCAUAUGUGCUCAAGACUGCACUGCUGGCAGUGCUAUUGCGCGAGGGGGCACUGGCGCAAGUCUGGGAUGAGGGGCACCUGAGCGAGCGCUUGGACGAGGUGGUGCAGUUUCUUAAGGAGUGCCUGCUGCGACGCCGUACGCUCUUCCACUGCGUCCUGGGUCCUGACGGGCCGGCCGCCGAGGUGGGCCCUCUGCCCAAGGUGCUACGGGAAGCCGCCCCAAUCGACCUCCUGGAGGCUUUCGACCAGCGCGCGCGGGAACUCGCCGCAGCGCGAUUGCUGUCCACGUGGCGAAGGCUGCCUCAGCUUCUCCGGGCCUACGGGAGUCCUCGCUACCUUGCCAGGUGCCCCCCACCCCGGAGUCAGCGCACGCAGGGAUUCCUUGAAGAUGAACCCUAA